AUGGUUCUACACGGGGGGGACGUCGGCGUCAUGCACGCCGACGGAUACAUCGAGAUCAAGGACCGAUCUAAGGACGUGAUCAUCAUCGGCGGGGAGAACCUGAGCAGCGUGGAGCUGGAGUCCGUACUGUACGGUAAUCCGGCGGUGAGCGAGGCGGCGGUGGUGGCGCGCCCGGACGAGUACUGGGGGGAAACGCCGUGCGCGUUCGUGAGCCUGAAGGAGUGGGCGGGGGCGGGGGCGGCGCCGACGGAUAAGGAGGUGAUCGAGUGGUGCCGUGAGCGCAUGCCGCACUACAUGGCGCCGAAGACAGUGGUGUUCAGGGCGGAGCUGCCGAAGACGUCGACGGGGAAGAUACAAAGUACGUGCUGA